AUGUCGUUUUGGAUGGACUUCCUGCUGGGCGGCCUGUCAGCCGCGGUUUCCAAGCUGGGUGCCGGUCCAGUCAACCGAGCCAAGAUCGUUCACCAGGCCCAGGGCGAGCUGCUGCGACAGGGCCGCCUGGGCAGGCCCUACGGCGGCCUGGCCGACGCGCUGGCCCGCACCGUGCGCGCCGAAGGUCCGCUGAGCCUGUGGCGCGGCGCGAUGUACGACGUCAUCAGCUACUUCCCCACGCAGGCCCUCAACUUCGCGCUCAAGGAUUCCUUCAAGAAACUCUUCCCCUUCGACCGCCGACAGCACGGCUACGGCCUGUGGUUUUUCGGCAACAUAAUGUCCGGGGGUCUGGCGGGCGCCACGUCGCUGCUGAUUGUGACGCCGCUGCAGCUGGCCACCACGGUGCUCGCUGCCGACGUGCUCGCGCCGGAGCUCGGACGCACGACCUACCAGUAUACGGGCAUGGCCGACGUGAUCAGCAAGACCUUUCAGCACAGCGGGCCGCUGGGCCUCUUCAACGGCUUCGGCGUGAGCGUCGCCGGCAUCGUGCUCUACCGCGGCGCCUACUUCGGCCUCUAUGACACGCUCAGGCCGUUGGUGCCGCAGAACAACUUCCUGGCCUCCUUCCUGGUGGGCUGGGGCGUGACCAUCGCUGCCGGCCUGGCGACUUACCCACUCGACACCAUCCGGAGGCGAAUGAUGAUCGCGGGAGCGACCCCGAUGGCCUACAGCAGCGCGCUCGAGUGCACGCUGACGAUCUGGCGCGAGGAGGGCGUGGCGGGCUUCUUCCGUGGCGCCCUGUCCAACAUCGUGCGCGCCAUUAUCGGCGCCAUGAUCCUCGUUCUCUACGACCAGCUACAAGCCGCCCUCACUGCUCCCCCCGCCCCCGCCCCCGCCCCCGCCCCAGCCGCCAACGGCGACAGCGAGAGGCGAAUGAUGAUCGCGGGAGCGACCCCGAUGGCCUACAGCAGCGCGCUCGAGUGCACGCUGACGAUCUGGCGCGAGGAGGGCGUGGCGGGCUUCUUCCGUGGCGCCCUGUCCAACAUCGUGCGCGGCAUCAUCGGCGCCAUGAUCCUCGUUCUCUACGACCAGCUCCAAGCCGCCCUCACUGCUCCCCCCGCCCCCACCCCCGCCCCAGCCGCCAACGGCGACAGCGAGUAA